AUGACACACGCAGCUGAUGUAUUAACUGAAGGAACUGCUUUGAAGCAAUAUUGUAUCUUGGCCAAAGCAAACAAGGGUAGAGCAUGUGUUGCCUUGAUCGAGCAAGCACUUAACAACCCUGCGGUCUAUGUAUUCGGUGAAUUACUAGAUAUGCCAAACAUUCAAGCUUUACAACAAACAGAGUUCAAAUCAUCAUUCGAUCUUUUAAAUAUAUUUGCAUUCGGUACCUAUGUUGAUUACAUCAAGAAUAAGGAUAGUUUGCCAGCAUUAUCACCACAGAUGACAAAUAAACUUAGACAAUUGACUAUUGUAUAUUUAUCGACUAUCUCAAAGGUUAUUCCUUACACUUUGCUUCAAGAACAACUUGGUAUCGCCAACCUCAGAGAGUUGGAAGAUUUGAUCAUCGAUUCAAUCUACCAGAAUAUCAUUAGAGGUAAAUUAGAUCAAAAGAAUAAGCAUUUAGAAAUUGAAUUUGCCAUCGGUAGAGAUUAUAUCAUAUUAACUUUUGAUAUGUUUGUUCAUUAUAAUAGGAUGAAGACAUCAGACGAUUUACUCGGUAACAUUACGACAUUGAUGACACAUACCGAUAAAGUACACGAGAAGAAUCGUAAGGAAAGAGAUGAACUCGAAAAGAGAAUCGAAAUUGCCAAAUCACAAAUCAAACCAGAGAAUGAAUUCACUCAGUUUGACUCUGCUGAAUAUAUGGAUGAAUUUAGAUCAAGAAAAGGUGCCAAGACCAAAGUAAAGGAUCAAUUACACAAGAGACCAUAA